AUGGCGUCUCCUCUGUCGAGUUUGAUGGUUCUCUGGCUCGUGGCGAUCCUCGUGCACUGCGCAGUCCAUGCAUCAGCCUCCGGCGCCAACCCCACGGCCGGGUUCGUGAAGGUCGACCUGACCGACCGCAACUUCCAGGUGCACAGCCCCUACAACAUGCUGAAGAGCCAGCGGUUCCAGUACAGCCACGGUGUGCGCCAGUUUUGGGUCCUUGACACAGACAAGCCCUUCAACACCGCCACCCACACCAACCCCCGCACCGAAGUUAGGCUCCGGCGUGUGAAAAUGGUUGCAGGGCAUGACUAUUCGUCGGGAGUGUGGCAGUUCCAGGGAUACGGGUAUGUGCCGUCGGGCACAUCUGGUGUGUCGGUGAUGCAGAUCCACAACGAGGAAGGUGCGGAGCACUCGACGGUGUUGAUGCUGCACGUGCUCCGUUUCUACAGCGGGCAAGCAGUGGAGGGGAACAUCUAUGACCGUUGGUUCCGGCUCAACGUGGUGCAUGAUGUGGAUAGGUCCACGGUUACUGUGUACAUUGAUGGGGAGAAGAGGUUUGCGACCGAUGUCAUCCCUAGCCAGUCAUACUACUUCAAGUUCGGUGUCUACAUGCAGCACCACAACUGGUCACCAUGCAUGGAGUCGCGAUGGACCAACGUUACCGUCUACACCAAGCCAUAG